AUGUCAUUUUUAAAAAGUGCCUUUUCAGUUAAGAAAGCAAAACCAAGAAGACAAGUUUCAAGAAGUUCAUUGAAAUUAUCUGCUGAUGAAUUGUAUCGUGAUUUGAAUCCAAAAUAUGACGUAAUUGAUAUAAAAUUAGCUGAUAAAAGAAUUGUUUUUGAUACUGAAAAUGGUUAUUGGAAUACAGUUGGUGCUGAAAGUCUUGGUGAAACAAUUUCGAGUAGAAGUGUAGAAAAAAUUCGAAAACAGAUUGAAAUAUUACAAGAAGAAAACAAUGUGUUAAAACUUAAAGUUGAAAUGCUAUUAAGUCUUGUUGCUGAAUCUAUUGCUGAAAAAUCAUGA